AUCCAAGUUGGGGGAACUCUCCAAAUCCCGUCAGACGCCUCUUUCGGCAUCAACCCCCUCCGAUCCUCCUCACCAACCCUUGACAGAACCCAGAUCUCCUUCACCCAGCAAUUCGUCCGUCCAUCUCCAAAUCCCGUCAGGCGCAGGAACUCCCACAGCAGCCCCCUCCGAUCACGAACCCUACACAGCAGCAAGAACUUCCACCUUUGAGUUUUUCGGAGGCAGAUUGUAUUCGUCCAACCUACACCCCCUCUCUUUAACACACGAUAGAAUGGUGUCCCCUCGUAAGAGAAUGAAUCUUGGGAAGAAGGUAGCACCAACUGGCAGUCAUCGCCUUGGGCUUGUGCCUCCCGGACCAUACAGACCCGAAAGAGCUAAUUGGGAUUCACAUAUGACACGGCUGUUCUUACAACUAGCCAUAAAGGAGAUUGAAGCUGAGGGUAGGGGAACGACACAGCUGUCGAACAAUUCGCUGCGCAACAUUUCCACAGAAAUCAGCACUAGGACCGGAGAAGUGAUCAAUCUGAAGCAAUGUAAGAAUCGGUAUGGCGUCUUGAAGCGGGAUUGGCAGGCAUGGAUGUUACUAGCUGAUUCGAGAAGAGGUGCAAUAGGACUGGGUAUGAAUCCAGUCACCGGUACUUUUACAGCUCCUGACCAUUUUUGGGCUAACCUAAUUGCGCAAAAUGAAAAUGUGGCAAAGUUCCACGACCGUCUGUUGGAGCACGAGGAGUUGAUGCAAAGGGUAUUUGAAGAAGUUACAGCCACCGGCUCACUGCAAUGCACUCCGGGAGUGGAGGGGGAGCUUGGUAUGGGUGCAGAUAAUCGUCGAGCUUUGGCUACGGACAAUGAUGACGUGACUGAUAGAGAUGGUGAGGGCAACACCGUUGGAUUAGAAAACGAAGAGGAAAUUGGUACGAGCAACCCCCUCUUUCCUCAAUAUGGUAUGGGUACAACCAAUCCCGUUUCCCUUCAACAAGGCAACCGUAGUAGCCCAUUUGUCCGUCACCAUGCUGCCAUGGGUGACCCUUCUUUCCCUCACCAUGCUGCCACAAACACCCCUCCUUUCCUUCACCAUGCUGCCACAAACACACCCCCAGCUAGUCAACAUGUUAGAAGAAGUCCCCCACCUUUCCCUUAA